AUGAUGACAUCGACGAAUUUGACGACGAGAGGAAGGGCUUCGUCUUUACCGUCGUCGUGCACUCUCAGUCGUCGUCGUUUACGUCGUCGCGCGAGCAGCAGUACGAGCGGUCCUUCUCCUUGUCGUCCUUUUGGUGAGAAGCAAAAGUUUCCAAUUUCCAACCGCAAAACGAGCUCGACGACGACGAAGAGGAGGACCACGAGCGUGACGACCUCGGCUUUAACGUCAUCCUCAUCCGUGACUUUGUUCUUAGACGCGAUAUUUCAUACUCAAUCUCCCGGUCUCGAGGUGGCAUCGCUCGUGAAUUCCACGGUGUUUUUGUUUGGCUUGCCGGUUCUGUUGAAAGGCUUGACCGGUCUCGCGACGGCGAACGCGUGGUUUCUCGGAACGGCUAUCUUUGCGGCGUUUGGCUUUCGAGGCUACCUCCUCGUCUGUCUCUACUUCAUUCUCGGCUCCGCCGUGACAAAGAUUAAACUCGAACAAAAAGAAAGAGAGGGCACGGCAGAAGCAAACAGUGGUCGAAGAAACGUAGGUUCCGUGUGGGGUUCUGGGAGUGCCGGGGUAUUGUGUGCCGCGCUCGCGUUGGCGUAUCCGCAAUACGAUUCCAUCUUGCGUCUCGGCUUUGUCGCUUCGUUCUGUAGUAAGCUGAGCGAUACGACGGCAUCGGAGGUUGGCAAAGCGUACGGUAAGACGACGUACAAUUCGCUGCCACCGUUCAAUUCCGUGCCGAGAGGGACAGAAGGUGCGGUAAGUUUAGAAGGGACGUUGGCGGGUGUAGCGGCUAGUUUUGUGUUUGCCGGCGUGGCGGCGCUUCUGGGCGAGUUGAACACGGCGACGUCGUCAUCGUCGCCUUUACUCGCGGCUGCGGUGUGUGCGUUCGCGGCGUUCGUGGCGACAACGUUCGAGUCUGCGCUCGGUUCAUUGAUGCAAGGCAGAAAAGGGUGGGAGUGGUUGACGAACGAUGUCGUCAAUGCGAUUCAAAUAGCGAUAGCGGCGAUAGUAGCGAUUGUUUUGGGCGCGGCUUUAUAG